UCCAUGAAUAAGAAAAAAAAAAAAAACCAACUCCAGCUCCGUCACAUUCCUGACCCACCCGUUUUCUUUCUCCCCUCGUAGAUCCACCCAAAUCCAUGAUUCUAAUUCCUCCGAUCUCUGAAAUCUGAAUCGGACCCAACCUAACCCAAAUUUCCACCACACAGUAACACGCAUUCACGAAUGAUGAUUGAUGAAGCAGCAAUAAGCCACAGAUUAUGAUAUCGGGUUGCAAUUGAAUCUCUCUCCCAAGUCCCAAUCCGCAAACCCUAAUUUUACCCGGAUUAUCCGAUCGGACUCUACUACAAUCCGAACACUGCAACCUCCUCCUUCCCACCCCCGCAUUUUCCUGUGUACAUUUUUGGUGAUUUCUGUGUGGUAAUUCCUUCAAUUUCAUAGCAUCUACUUUGGUGACUUAUAUACAAAUUUUGUUUAAACAAGCAGCAUUACCUGCCUAUUCGAUGGAAAUAUCAAAUGAUUCAGGCAUAAAGAAACCGAAAAGGCUGACAUCUGUUGUGUGGAAUCACUUUGAAAGGGUUAGGAAGGCUGAUGUCUGCUAUGCUGUUUGUGUGCAUUGUAACAAGAAACUCAGUGGAUCAAGUAACAGUGGAACAACUCAUUUGAGGAACCACUUGAUUCGAUGUCUGAAAAGGUCCAACUUCGAUGUCUCUCAGCUACUUGCAGCAAAGAGAAGGAAAAAAGAUACUGCUGUUAGUGUUGCAAAUCUUAGUUAUGAUGAAGGUCAGGCGAAAGAAGAAUACAUAAAGCCAACAAUCAUUAAGUUUGAACCGGAACACAAGAAAGAUGAAAUCAUCAACUUUGGUGGUCGAAAAUUUGAUCAGGAGAAGAGUCGACUUGAUCUUGCCCACAUGAUUAUAUUACAUGGAUACCCAUUGAACAUGGUGGAACACGUAGGAUUCAAGGUCUUUGUGAAGAACCUUCAGCCACUCUUUGAGUUUAUGCCAAAUAGUGGUAUAGAGGUUUCUUGUAUGGAAAUCUACAUGAAGGAGAAACAGAAAGUGUAUAACAUGAUAAACAAAUCACAUGGCAGGAUUAAUCUUUCGAUUGAAAUGUGGUCAUCAGUAGAAAGUUGUUCAUAUUUGUGCAUAGCUGCACACUAUAUUGAUGAGGGAUGGACGUUACAAAAGAAGAUCCUGAACUUUGUCACGCUUGAUCCUUCUCAUACUGAAGACCUGCUUCCAGAAGUGAUCAUUAAAUGUCUAAAUGAAUGGGAUAUUGAUUGUAAGCUGUUUGCCUUAACACUGGAUGACUUUUCCAUUGAUGGUGACAUUACACUUAGAAUCAAACAGCAAAUUUCUGAGAAGAGGUCUUUCAUAAACACUCGUCAACUACUUGACAUACGCUCAGCAGGACAUCUCCUAAGUUCCAUGGUUCAAGAUGCCACAGAGGCACUGCAUGAAGUGAUUGAAAAGAUUCGGGACAGCAUCAGAUAUAUUAGAAGUUCGCAAGUAGUACAAGGAAAGUUUAAUGAAAUUGCUCAACAAGCUGGCAUUAACUCUCAGAAGGCCCUGUUUCUGGAUUUUCCAGCUCAGUGGAAAUCAACAUAUCUCAUGCUUGAAACAGCAGUAGAAUACAAGACCGUUUUUGCUCUCUUCCAAGAGCAAGAUUCCUCCUAUUCAUCCGCAAUUAGCGAUGAAGAAUGGGAAUGGGCAACUUCAGUUACUGGAUAUUUGAAACUUAUAGUUGAAAUUACUAAUGUCUUUUCAGGCAACCGGUUUCCUACUGCAAACAUAUAUUUCCCUGAAAUUUGUGACAUCCAUAUCCAAUUAAUUGACUGGUGCAGAAGUUCAGAUAAUUUUAUUAGUUCUCUUGCAAUGAAGAUGAAAGGCAGGUUUGAUAAGUACUGGGGCAAGUGCAGCACAGCUUUAGCAGUAGCAGCUAUAUUAGACCCGCGCUUUAAAAUGAAGCUGGUGGAAUACUACUACUCACAAAUAUAUGGGAGCACUGCUUUGGAUCGGAUCAAAGAAGUUUCUGGUGUAAUCAAAGAACUUUUUAAUGCAUACUCUAUCUGUUCAACUAUGGUUGAUCAAGGCUCAACCUUGCCUGGCAUCAGCUUACCUAGUUCAAGUUAUGAUGCUAGGGAUAGACUCAAAGGUUUUGACAAAUUCCUUCAUGAGACAUCACAGAGUCAGAGCAUGGCAUCUGACUUAGACAAGUAUUUGGAGGAACCAAUUUUCCCUCGUAAUUCUGAUUUUAACAUAUUGAACUGGUGGAGAGUCCACAUGCCAAGGUACCCGAUUCUAUCGAUGAUGGCACGUGAUAUUCUGGGGACUCCAAUGUCAACAAUGGCACCAGAAUUGGCAUUUGGCAUCGGCGGAAGAGUUCUAGACCCUGCUCGCGCUGCAUUGAAUCCUGAUACACGUCAGGCUCUAAUAUGCACACACGAUUGGCUCCAAAAUGAAUCAGGAGAUUUAAAUCAAUCCUCAAGCCAUUUUGCUCUACCCCUUCUCAUUGAUUCAAAUUAGCUUUUUCCAUGGUCUUAUCCAAAACUAACGAAGCUAUGUUAGUGUGGACAACUUAGCAUCUACUUAUCCUGUGUAAUCAAGAAGCAAUGUAUAUUCUCAGAAGAGCCAGUAGAUGCUUGUGUAUAUACACUAGAAUUUAAUUGAAAUGUUUUUCCUAUAUGCUGGAUGAGUGGCAUUUGUCAUUUGACUAUUGAUUCGGAUGAACCUGAGUUUUGUACAGGGUGUUAUUUGCCCUUAACAUUGGCAAAGCAAGUUCUUUUCUUUUACUAACUUUAUGUACCAA